AUGACGGCCCGGUCUGUGCGGUCUCUGUCCGGAGCCCUGAAGCCCCUGUUCGGCCACCGGUUGCCCAGGGUUUACGGUGCUGCUACUUGUAAUCAGAGACACACGUCCACUUACACCACCAUACCUCCCCCUGCACGGUACGGAGGCAGACACACAGUGACUCUGAUUCCUGGGGAUGGCAUUGGACCAGAGCUGGCCAACCAUGUGCGUGAACUGUUCCGGUUCUGCUGCGUGCCAGUGGACUUUGAAGUUGUCAACGUGGACUCGACUAUGGCCUCAGAAGAUGACAUCAAUAAUGCCAUUAUGGCUAUCAGGCGCAAUGGAGUUGCACUGAAAGGUAACAUUGAGACCAACCACAACUUGCCACCCUCCUAUAAGUCCCGGAACAAUCUGCUCCGCACCACUCUGGAUCUGUAUGCCAACGUGAUGCACUGCCAGUCUCUGCCAGGAGUGAGGACACGCCACAGGAACAUCGACAUCAUGAUCAUCAGGGAGAACACAGAGGGAGAGUACAGCAGCCUGGAGCAUGAGAAUGUACCGGGGGUUGUUGAGUGUCUGAAGAUCAUCACCAGGACCAAAUCUCUGCGCAUCGCCGAUUAUGCGUUUAGAGCGGCUCGGGAGAAGGGACGCAGACGAGUCACUGCUGUACACAAAGCUAACAUCAUGAAGUUGGGUGACGGCCUCUUCCUGGAGUGCUGUAAGGAGGUUGCCAGCGGCUACCCUGAAAUCAACUUCGACAGCAUGAUUGUAGACAACACUACCAUGCAGCUGGUUUCCAGGCCCCAGCAGUUCGACGUGAUGGUCAUGCCCAACCUGUACGGCAACGUUGUGAGCAAUGUGUGUGCUGGGUUGGUUGGCGGGCCGGGCCUGGUGCCUGGAGCAAACUACGGAGAGGACUACGCCGUGUUUGAGACGGGAACACGGAACACAGGAAAGAGCAUUGCUAACCGCAACACAGCGAACCCCACGGCCAUGCUGCUGGCCUCCUGCCUGCUGCUGGAUCACCUGAAGCUCCACGCCUACGCCAGCAUGAUUCGCAGGGCCAUCCUCACCACCGUCACGGAGACUCGGCUGCACACUGCUGACCUGGGAGGCCAAGGCUCCACCUCGGAAGUGGUCCAGUCCAUCAUGAAUGCUGUUCAGAGCUGCGGUCCCCGCACACUGAGCAUCUAG